CACAAUAUUACACACACUUCUGCAGCAAUGACCCCACCUUUGCCCCCAGAAUGGAUUGCAGUAAACAAAGAAUGGCUUAUUCAAAUCAUUCUGAUGGCACAAGACGAGCGAAAGUUCGAUGGCCACGCCUCCUCCUCCUCCUCGUUCCCGACUCCCGCUCCUAUUCCCUGGCUCGCUUUCGUGGACUGAACUUGCUGCCCGUGUCACUCACUAUUCAGCGUCAGUCGAAGCAGUCAGUUGCCCGCUCAUGGUGGUACAGUGAAGGUGUGAUCUUCCUGCUGGGUGACUUGGAGACUUCAGAACAGCUUUCAAGUGCCAUUCUAUCACAAAUAAUCCCCCGUCAUCAUACAAUACUUUAAAGGGAUAUCAUCUGCUCCAGUAAAAUACUUUACUGUUAAAUCACCAAGAUGGCGCUGCUGGUGACAGGUUUGACAGUGAUGAUGAUGAUGGUGGUGUUGAUGGGUGAGGUGGACGCAGCACUAAUGGCCAUGAGAGAAACCCCUCCAACAUCACCUGCCACACACACCCUGACAGUAAUGGACCCACCACACUACAGCCUGUACCAGAGGGUGGAUGUGAUGUCCCUGGACCAAUUGGUUAUGUUUGCAGGCAUGGUGCAGCCUUACUCCUGCUGGUGUGCUAACUCAGACAACUCUUGUCCUGUCCACAUCCCUGCAAUUCCACUGCACAGAGUGCUGAAGGUAACUUGUGGGUACCUGAAUAUCCAUUGCUGUCUGGAGCGAGUGAAGGCCAAGAGUAAGGAAGAUUGGCCCUUCGCUGCUGCUAACAUCACUACUUCACAAGAACUUGAAAUUUUUUUCGAUUCUCUUAUUGACAUCCUCAAGCCUCAGGAAAUAUUGUUGAAUAACACACUUGGAGAUAGUGAAGUGUUAAAUCAGGGAGCCUCCCAUAACCCAAUCUAUCCCAGUUCUCAACAAAUCAAGAACAAUAUCUUCAGUGAGGAAUAUGAUAUUCAGGGGAAGCCAGAUAAUGAUUCUGUCAAGAAGAGGCAAGUAGAUGUCUUUGAAUUAGUUCUACUUCUCACAUUAAAGGGUGUGGCAGAGUACAUGAUGACUCUUACAGCACAGCCACGCAUGAUAACCCCAUCCUUUGGUGACAACAGCCCUCCUUCUUUCCACGACAACGAAGUACAGGUACAGUUAGAUGAAUAUAAUUUUCCAUCGAGUACAACAAAUAAUGUUAUUUCCAGCACUCAAAAAAAUCCGUUGACUAAUACAGAUAUAUACAGUGUGAGUAAUGAUUUAAGUGUAAAGGGUGAUUUUGUUGUGCCCUACAGUAAUUUAGGAUGGUUCUCCAGAGUAGUUGAGGUAGCAAUGGAUGGAUCAGUGUACGUUGGCCUGUUGUUAACUGUAAUGUUUUUUGCUGCAAAAAUUCUCACGGGUGCUUUGUCCAUAUUUGGAGAAACUUGCUUAAUUUGUACCAUCAUUGGUUAUGUUAAUGAGACAGGCAUUUCUUAAAAGUUUCCAAAAUAACUCUUUACUUCAUUAAAUACUUACUACCAUACUAUACAAGCACAAGGAAAUCUUUCCCCCACCUUACUUUCUUGUUUCAGUAAGUCUCGUUAUCUGAACCAGUAGCACUUCCUUCUUGACUAAUUUGACCUUUGAUUGUUUCGUACUAGCAAGUGGAAAAUUCUAAUGUCUUUUUUUUGUUUCGGGCAUUUCCAGAAAAUGUCCUGUUUGUUGUAGCUCAUUUAAUGUUUUGUUCACAGUUGCUUUCACAUAAAAUCUUGGGUCAUGAUGGAUGAUUUUAUUCAGUUCUUCAUUUUUCCUUCAUAUUUUACACAUUUCAUAACAUUUGUAGCUUUUUUCUAAUCUUUUUAAUCUUUCACUAUCCAAUUUCAGCUGGAAAACAAAUCCUGGAAUUUUAAGCCAUUAGAGUUAAUGUUUGAAAGACAUAUAUGAGGAUAUUUUAACCCUAUUGGUUUCUAUAGCUUGUGUUACAUUGGCAAGAAAAGAUGCAGUCACAUCUAACACAGCUGUCACUGAGAAGGCAUCACUAAUCAGUCAAUCAUUGUCAUGGAUUAAUAUGUGACACUAGAAGCCAGCAAGUUUCCUUGCCAGUGAGGUGGAGCUCAUAGAAGUCCUUGUUUGCUUGCUUCCCUCUCAUUCGCACCUCACUUCUUCCCUUGUCUAUUUUUCUCUCCUCCCUGUGUGUGUGGAUCAUACUGCCCUCUCCAUUGCCAAAUCUAGGCUUCAUAUCUACUGUCUUAUGGCGUGAGGAUCUUUGUGUAUUUUAUCUCUGUUGUCUAAGUGCCUUUUUCAGCCUUGUGUGAUAUGUAUGUGCUCAUUAUGUGACUUAUGCACUCUUGCCAGUGGACCUUUAUCAUGAUGAAUUUACUAAGUGACACCAGGCCCAAAAUCUUUACUUUACUUACUUUAGUGAGCACCAUUAUACAGGACCACCAGUGAUCUUAUUCCUGUGUCUAUUUUGUCAUUUAAUACUUUAAAUUCUUGUGAAACUGUUCUUACCUGGUGUAGGAUCGAUAUUUUGUCAUGGCGCAGUCUAUCCAGUUGUUGUAAUUUGUAUGUACGGUUUGUUUAUAUAUUUAGUCUUAAGUAUGAUAUGUCGAGAGUCUGUUAGAUGUGAAAUCCCCAUCGAACAGAUUACACGAAGAGAGAAGUAUAUUAUAUGGAGGUUUCAUAGUAGCUUACAGUUUUGGUCUUUGUUCAUUAUCCCAAGCAAUAUAAUCAGUUGCUACAGGAUCUCUCCUACAAGAGCUCUCCACCGGGGUUGCUGAUAAGCAAAAUGAUAUGUUUUUAAUUACAGUGCAUGAUGUACCUUGAAUUUGUGAUUUGAGACUAAAGGGUCACUGGGGUUAGCAGACCUGUUGGUGAUGACUGAUAAGAAUGUUAAGAUAAUAUGAUGUUUACUAUAAAGCUUUAUUAACCAUUAAUGAUUCAACCACAGAGAAAUUGCACUUUACACAACUCACUUCCUUAAAUAUUAUCAAGUAAUAAUCUAACUAUAGAUAAAAACAAAAUAUACAAUAAUAUACAUAAUUUGCACAUAUUUGUGUGUUGCACUUCAGUUCACUUAUUUACUUUGCAUAAUACAGUAGACUGAAUCUUUUUGACUUUACAAAACCUGUAUGUGUGUUCAUGUUGUAGGCACAUUAGAAAAAGGCAAAAUGACAUCUACGUUGUACAGUACUUACAAAAUUUAACUUUGAAACAUUAAACCUUAGUAAGGGAAAAGCUCAGUAAUGAAAGGUUAGAUUCACCAAUUGUCACCAACAACAUUGCAUUUUUAUUAUAUGGGUACAGUACUUCAUUGAAACUACGACUGACAAACACACAAAGUAAACCUCAUUUAAAAUUUGUAACAUAUUUUACUUAAAAGAAAUAUAUAAUAAAUAUUAUAUUUUUAAUACAGAAAUUCCCCAGAGAACUCCUUAACUAUGGGGACACCACUUUUAAAAUUCUAUGUAGCUAACACCAGACUAUUUUAUUCACCUAAGAGGGGAUGCAAUACACAAAAGGUUAAACUAUUUAAUACUAUGAGUUAUAAUCAAAGUUGAUUCUUGUCCCCAUAUUAACCUUACAUAAUAUUCAAUGUGGUAAGAGAAGACCCUAUGGCAUAUUGCACAUGACAGUUUCAGUGAUUCCUAUACCGGACACUUUUUCUACACCUAUAUGAAUCAAUAUUUCAUCACUUCAAAAUCUGCAAAAUGCUUGUUUUAUAGUGUUUGUAGUGUGACAGGAACUCACAUGUUUAUCUAAUUUCCCAUCAACAUGCAUUAAGGCAUUGAAGACUGCAGCAUAAAUACUGCCUCAACUGUUUUCUAUACAACUGGGGGUACUGUACCUCCCCAACCACAAUUUUAUUUAAAAAAAUACAGAUACACUUCAUACAUUUGUUGAUUAAAUCAGUUAUAAAAGACUUAUUAAUCACAACUUAAUGCUUUACCAUAAUAUCUAUCUUUUGUAAGUUUUUUAUUCAUUUAAUAAUCAGGCUUGAGAAUAGUGUCAGGUGUGGUACGUGUAAACCAGUAUGUACUUCACUAAAGGGGAGUAAUUACUUAUCAUGGUUUCAAAAGUUUUCAUUCUAUCAUAUUGAACUUGGUUUUACAGUAAUUUAUUAGUAGUUAAGAAAGUUAACAACAUCUAAGCCUUUUCUACUGAGUAAGGUCAGCUGUGCACCAUCCCUUCAUGUGUAUACAUCUUAGUACCCAAAUUCUUCACUUAAUCAUUAUUAAUUUUAUUUGAGAUGAAACUUUAUAAUAGAAAUCCUUUAAAAACAAUAAAUUUUGGUCUUCAUGUAAUACAGUACCGUAUAUGUCGGCAUACAAGGCCACGGGGAGUAGAAGACAACCCCCAAAUUUCCAUUUUAAAACAUAGGUUUUGAGCUAUACAGUACUCGCUGUAUAAGACUGCUGCAAAUCUGACACUUACCACUGGGAGCUUACUGCUGCCCCAGUAGUCCUUUACCAACCAUCCCACUGACCAGUGGAGUGAUGCUGUUAAACACACUGCUAAGCAACA